GACGGCUUCAGUGUGCAGUCUGAAUUCGUAGGGAAAGGGUUAGGGCUUCCCUGUCGACUGAGAAACGUUGCCCCGCGUGUGUGUGUGUGUGUGUGUGUGUGACGUUUCUUCCCGACUUCACUAGCUGUGUUCCUCGUGUGGCUGAAUAUCUCUCGUUGUUGUUUUUUUUCUCUCUCCCUCUCUUUUUAUAGCACUGUAAGCUCGAGAGAAGGGCGGCCUUGUUUAUCUUCUUGGGUUUGGCCUUCAAGUAUUAAAAGAGAUAACGGCAGGGGUUUUGUCGUUGGCGAAGCUUGUGUUUAACAUCAGCAGGAUUUUGAAGAGUGGAGUACACGUGUGUGUGUUUAGUGUGGAGGGUCGUUGCGUGGACACUCAAAUAACCCAGCGUGAGUCACACUUCACUUAACGCACACUUGUGUAGUAGAAUAUUAAGGGAAAAAAACACUGCAAAGAAAAAGAAGAAAAAAAAAAAAAAACAAACAGCUGUUGAGAGAACUUCAAUUAACAAAAGAAAAAUGGACAGAAUUGGGAACGGUCCGGUUGUUGGUGAUAUGAAAGUGUUCACCGGUACACUUGUUCACUCAACGGAGGAACAGCCUAUGGCAAUACUCGAAAACAUGGCUAUUGGUGUUUGUAACGGAAAGAUCGAAUUCCGUGGCUUCUUGCGACUGAACCUGGAAGCCCUUAAGUGCGAGCGCGGGAUCUCAGAUGACAGCAUUAUCGCCCUUACGUCCAGCCAGUUCCUAAUGCCGGGUCUCGUGGACGCCCACCUCCACGCCCCGCAGUUCCCCAACAACGGCAUCCACCUGGACCUCCCCCUCCUCGAGUGGCUCCAGAACUUCACUUUCCCGACGGAGGCCAAGUUCGCCGACGAGAAGUUCGCGAGAGCGGUGUACGCCAAGGCUGUGGAUCGAGUCCUGCGCUGCGGGACCACCACAGCCUCCUACUUCGCCUCCAUGCACUUAGAAGCCACCAAGAUCCUAAGUGACAUCAUCCUGGAGCGAGGUCAGAGGGCGCUCGUGGGAAAGGUCAACAUGAUGGUCAAUUGUCCGGAUUAUUACAGAGAAUUGUCGGUCGAGGAUUCGGUUAAGAAGACUGAGGAGUUUAUCCUGUAUGUAAGGAGCCUGAAGGUGAGGUGCCGGGGUUUGCAGUGUGUUGUAUUUUGA